UGGCCGACAAGAAGUGCGAUUCUGGUUUGUUUACAGUUGCUUAGAAGCAGUUAAACCUCAUUUGAAACUUUUUAAUGCUUUAGACUGUGUUUCACUGUUCAACUUGACAAAAGCGAUAGAAGUGAAUCUGACAGCACUGAAGAACCAGUAGUUGGAAAUGUGAACAAGUUUGCUGUUGUCCCACCUGGUUAUAAUGGUCGGCCAAAGAAAGGGCAUAUGAUAUUUGAUGCCUGCUUUGAAUGUGGUAAUUUAGGAAGAGUUGAUUACAUCACAGAGUAUGAGUAUGAUUUGUUUAUUAGACCAGAUACUUGUAACCCAAGGUUUAGAGUCUGGUUUAAUUUCACAGUGGAGAAUGUCAAAGCAGAUCAGAGAGCAAUAUUUAAUAUUGUUAACUUCAGCAAAACAAAAUCUUUAUACAGAGAAGGUAUGUCACCUCUAGUCAAGUCUACAAGUAGACCAAAAUGGGUGAGAAUACCUGCCAAGCACGUCUAUUACUACAGAUGUCCAGACCACAGAAAGAAUUAUGUCAUGUCAUUUUCAUUUUGCUUUGACAAGGAAGAUGAUAUUUACCAGUUUGCCUAUUGUUAUCCCUACUCUUAUACUCGACUACAGAAUUAUCUAGACAAUUUAGAAAAAAAGAAUAUGGAUUUUUUCACCAGAGAAUUGUUAUGCCUGACAGUGCAACAAAGAAGAUUAGAUAUGAUCACAAUCACAAAUCCAGAUAAUUUAGAUCCUGAGGAAACAAAGAGAGUUGUGUAUGUAACAGCCAGGGUUCACCCUGGAGAAACACCUGCAUCUUAUGUAUGUCAGGGAGUAAUAGACUUUUUAAUCAGCAAUCAUCCUAUAGCAAAAGUACUCAGGGAACACAUUGUAUUUAAAAUAGUUCCAAUGUUAAAUCCAGAUGGUGUUUACUUAGGAAACUAUAGAUGUUCAUUGAUGGGUUUUGAUCUAAACAGACAUUGGUUAGAACCUUCACCAUGGGCACAUCCUACCUUGUAUGCUACAAAAAAUAAUCUGAUGGAAUUGGAUCGCAAUGAUAAAUGUGUCCUUGAUUUUUACAUUGAUCUUCAUGCUCAUUCUACGCUGAUGAAUGGAUUUAUGUAUGGAAACACAUAUGAAGAUAUGGAACGCUAUGAGAGACAAUCAGUCUUCCCUAAGUUAUUGUGUGCUAAUGCAGAGGAUUUCUCACUAAACAAUACAAACUUCAAUAGGGAUGCUGUAAAGGCAGGAACAGGUAGAAGAACUUUAGGAGGAUGUUUAGAUGACAAUUCCCAUUGUUAUACAUUAGAAGUAUCAUUCUUUAGUUACCAGACAAGUUCAUCAAGUACUGCAAUGCCAUAUACAGAAGAAGGAUAUAUGAAAUUAGGUAGAAAUUUAGCCAGGACAUUCUUAGAUUAUUACAAAAUGACAGGACUGAUAAGUGCUAAGCCUAGUAGUAGUAUAGUACCUAAACCAGGAAGAUAUAACAUUAGAGAACGAGCUAAUACAGAUCCACCAUCAGAUUUUGAUGAAAGACCUCGACACAACCGACUAGAUUAUCAUAUCAACAAUACAAGUUCAUUUGGUGACACAUCAAUACGUUUACAGUUCAGAGACCGGGAAAGAAGAUACUGAUUUAUUAGAUAUUAUAGAUUAUAGAUUAUGAUAAUAAUGAUAAUGAAAUUCCAUAGGAAUAAUUAAUAAUGGUAUUUUCAAGAAAUAAGUCUGUUCUUAAAUCAAAAUUAAGAAAUUCAACAUUUCUUUCAUAAAGAAUGGGAUAUGAUUUUUAGUUUUUCCAAUUCUAGCUGGAUAUGUUCUUAAGAUAUGUAAAUUAACAUUUCAACUGCAUAAUUUUUGUGUGUGUGCAGGAUUUCCCUUUUUCAAAUUUUAAAAGGAAACCAUUUAAUAAUUUUACAGGAUAUAAUUACAUAAUGUAUGUUAUUUUAUAAAAUGUAAUGUUCUGUCCAAUGAUAAUGAUAUUAGCAUUGAACAAACUUUACAACUAAUACUCACUGCACACUUACUGUUUACAGCUCUUCUUUCUUUCCUUUGAACAGUUUCCAAAAUACAAAAAAUAGCUUCUUUGCAAAAAUAACAAGCUUAAACUGGUAUGUUUAUAAUAUGCAGGAUGCUAUAACAUAUAAUAAGGAUGUGCAUAUUGUCAGGAUUUUGAUUUUCUUAACAUUUUCAUCAAAUGGCAGAAUUUUUAAGAUUGUCAUGUUUAUGGGAAAUUAUGCAUGCAGGUUACAUGGUUUGUCUGGCUUACUCCUACAAUUUUCAAGCUUAUACUUUUAUACUAUGCAGGGUUUUAGUACAUGUACAAAUGGUGUGCAGUUUGUGAUGAUUUUGUUUUUACUUAAAUUUUUCAUAAAAGACCGAUGUUGAACUUAAGUCAUUUGUAUGCAUCCAGUGUUCAUUACUCAGUUGGAAUAAAAAUGCAUUUAUGAUGACUUUUCAGUCCUACAUUAACCAAGAACAGUGGUUAACUGGAUAUUGCAGUUACCAUGUACAUUUUUGUUUUUAUUAACAUUAACAAUUUUUACCUCCUUUCCACUUUUUAAAACUUGAGUUUGGAAGUUUAAAAUGAACAACUACAACAAUAGAUUGUCCUACAUAAUGGAAUAAAUCAUAACUUUGUCCCCAAUGUUUAGACACAACCAUUUCAAGUUGUACUUCAACAUCACUGGUUUCUUAAUCUAAUGUUUGUUGAUUUGUUUUCAUACAUACAUCAUCAUCUUUGUCUAGUUUAAAUUCAUUUUUAAAAGCAUUUUGUAAAAGCUGUCUUCUCAUAUUUUAUCAAAAUGCUGUCAUUUUGUUUUCCUUUUAUUCACAUAAUAAUGCCAUUUCCCUGUGUAGUCCUUACAAAAUGUGUAAAUGUUUCAAAACCACCAGCUUGAAAACAUUCGGUAGCCCAUCAUUUUUAAAAUAGCACUCACGAUACAAACUACAUUUUGACAAAGUAUGAACAAUUUUUUGUCAUUUUUUGUUUAUACCCCCAUACAACUGUCAUUCAGGUUUAAAGUAAGUUGACAAUGUCCCGUCAACAGAAUAUAUCAUUACUAUAUAUGAUGACUAUAUUAGAAUAUUUUAUUAUAAUUUCAAUUAAACUUUUGUUUGAGAAAAGAUAUACAGCAUUUCUGUUUCAGUAUUUCUUCGUCUUAGAAUUCCUAUUUUCCACCAUUUAGACUCAACAUUGUUAUUAACUGAUAAUACAGAAAUUGAUCAUGGACCUUAUUUUCUAUAUUUGGAUAAACAUGAAUUUCCCAUAUUUUUUGAAUGCUAAAUGGAAUGAUAUUUUGAGAAUUAAGACUACAUUUUAUGUUAUGUUAAUUAUAGUUUGUUUCUAUAAAAAAAAUCUGUGACCUGAUUCUUGUAUAUUGUUGAACAGCAUUACGGAAAUAUAGUAUAUAGGCCAUUAAUUCUUCUUUCCAAGACUCGUGUCAAGCAUUUAAAAUUUUAUCUUUUUAAAUUUUUUUUAAAUAAUUUUAAUGAGAUACAAUCAUUGCAGUGGGAAUAUUUUAGGUUAAACUAGUCACCUGUUGAUUGUUCAGAAGUUUACAGUAUACCUCAUUAUUUUUAUUACUGCAGUUUCAAGGGCAGGUAAUUACUAUUAAUUUCUUAUUAUUUCAUCAUUUGAACUUACAAAGGUAUUUUACCUUUAUGGCAAAAGGCUGGUUUUAUGUUUGUAGGACAUUUCCAGGGAAUUUUUCUCAGAUUCAAUAUUGGUAUUUGUAGUUUGAAUAGGGAGACAGUAAGGAUAAACUUGGAUAAGGUAAAGCAAGAUAAUUCUCAUUUAAGCAGAUUGAAAAUGGAAGAUUAUUUUUCAAUCAUAAGAUAGGUAUUGUAAGUUGAUUAGAAAAUAAUUUAUUAAAAGUUAGUCAUGAAUACAUUGGGGAAAUUAUAAAAGGAUGUUUUAAAAAAAUCUCAGUGAUAUUGAGACUAAUUGAAUAGAAUUUUAUUCUAAUUAAACAAUAUUUAUAUAAUUUUUUUCGAUCAGUAGCAAUGUUUUAAGUGUUUUAUACAAGAACAUGUGAAGUAGAUGUGACUGAAUUAGGUACAUAUAUCCCCUUUGGGUAAAUUUAUUAUGUGUUACUUGUGUGGGGUGCAUCAGAUAAUCAGCAUGGCCACCGAGUGGCACCGACCCAAACAAACUAGUUGAUAGAAAUGUACUUGUUUAAAUAACAAAAUAAUUUUUAGGUCACUUUAUGACUUAAGUAUGCAGUACAAAUGAUCUUUAGGUGUGAAUUUUGUAAUCUCCCAGAGGUACACAUGAAAACAUUUGCCAUCUUUCUGGUUGAAACAUUCCUAGUUGUUAUAUGAAUUUCACUUGUGAUAUUGUUGUAUAUAUUAUACAAAUAUUUUAUUUAUUUUUAAUGAUCUGUGAUUUUUAAAUUCUUAUACCGUCCACAAAUAAAUUUAAGUUACUGAUA